AAGGAGAUAAGGAUCAGUAGUUUAUGCUUAGUUUAAAACAGUUUCCAAACCUUUUCCUGGAGGGCCCCCAACAGUACUCAAUUUGGAUGUCUCCCAAAUCAAACACACCUGAUUAAACUCGUCAGCUCAUUAGUAGAGUACCCCAUGACUUUAAAUGGGUAUGAGGGAGACAUCCAACAUGUGUAGUGUUGGGCCUCCAGGAACAGGGCUGAAAAUGACUGCGCUUUAAUGGCUGAAUGGUAUUUCAUCAAUAGCGCUGCGUCACGCUGGGAUUCAGUAAGGAGUGACCUUCUGCAAAAAAACACUGACCAUUUAUCAUCUGAGCUCACUAAAUGAAACACACAGUGUCAGUAUUAAUCAUGGGCCAUUGAGUUAUUGGUUUAUUAAUCGAUUGACCAGUCACCACAUCUAUAGGACCACACAGCAGAAUAAACACUUAAACAUAAAAAAUAUAUAUUUUUUAAGCACAUAUAUUUUUUUAAAAGAAAUACAAUAAAAGCACUUAAAUAAACAAAGUGAAUAAUUAUAAGCAUCGGUUAAGACGUUGAUUCUCCAUUGAUAGCGUACUGCAGCUCAAGCUACUCUCUCCAUCCACCGAUCAUUCUCCCGGAGUAUGCAAGGCUAACUCCAAAACGCGCGCGCGCGCACGCACACGGUCGGUGCGCAUUUCCCCCAAGUCUUUGCUGUAUGGAUACACGCGUGUCUAGAGUCACGGACGGACAGCGUGACGGACGCACACCUCUCCGUUUUGCUCGGAGAAGCAGAAGUGGCGAUGUGGCUGCUGUUUCAAACAUCUCUGCUUCCUGCCUUCAUCAGUGAAAUAAAUUACGAGAUAAUGAGAAAGAGGCUGCCAUCGAGGACCUGCUAUUUCUGACAGUGAAUGUUGUGGCGGUGUUGAGCCACAAUGAAGGCCUUCUUUGUACCCUCACGUUUGGCUUCCUCGUUUAUUGCCAUGGUCACGGUACCCACACUCUCUCUGUUAUUGGCCCUGGUACAAUGGGCUGGUCAGAGUAGUUCCUCCCCUCAUCUCUUGCUCCGUCCCCGAGAGCGUGAACGGGACCCGGUGGCAUCAAUACACUUCAACAUCGCAGUGAUCCAUGUGGGCUCUGCGGUUCAACAAGGGGAAGCAGGGGCUGCAGCAGCUGCGGGUAGGGUGCCAUACCCGGGCUUCGGACGUGUGCACAGCAGCUUUGGUGAGAGUGUCGUCACCCAGUGGGGAUCUGCAAACGUAAUCUGGCUCCAGGUGAAUGACAGCAGCCCCAGGACGCUGCUCUCUCAGAUGUGUGACUUGCUGGCAGCCAGGCCCCUUCAGGGACUCGUGUAUGAAGAUGAGAGACCCCUCCCACUGGCCUCUGGGCCCCUGGCCCCCAUGCUGGAGUUUGUUUCUGCCCAGACCGGCCUCCCCAUCGUUGCUGUGGGAGGGGGAGCAGGUCUGGGCAGGGUACCACAGGAGACCGGCUCAAUCUUCCUGCAAUUCAGCUCUUCCACCGCACUCCAAUUGGAGGUGAUCUUUGAGGUGCUGGAGGAGUAUGAUUGGACGGCCUUCUCGGUGGUGUCCACACGUCACCAUGGCUACCAGGACUUCCUGUCAGUAGUGGAAGGUUUGACCGAUGGGUCAUUCAUCGGCUGGGAGAAGAAGAGUGUAGUGAUGUUGAAUUUAACCGAUGACCCAGGAGGAGCACGCACACGACGGCUACUGAAAGAGAACGAAGCACAGGUGCGGUUGUUGUACUGCUCUCAAGAGGAAGCAGAACAGGUGUUCCAUGCUGCUUGGGCAGCUGGUCAGGCCAGCGUCUCUCACAUAUGGUUCGCAGUGGGUCCGGCUCUGUCUGAGCUGGGCCUGACCGGACUUCCCAAUCGACUGUUUGCAGUCAGACCGCAGGGCUGGAGGGACGAACCCCGCAGACGUAUCGCCCGUGGGGUGUCCAUCCUUACCCAUGGAGCUGUCGCGUUGCGGAAAGACUACGGAGCCACUGGAGGGCCGCACUUUGUCACUAACUGCCAGACCGAUGGCAACAGAACACAGAGGAUUCGUGGUAGAAUGAAGUAUUUCAGUAACAUCACACUCGGUGGGCGGGACUAUUCGUUCAAUAACGAGGGCUACCUGGCCAAUCCCUUUCUGGAUGUCAUCUCCUACAUGUCUGGGAGUGGCUGGGAAGACGUAGGAUGGUGGGAGAACGGGGUGUUACGUCUGAGGUAUCCUGCUUGGUCUCGAUAUAGCCCCUUCCUGCAGCCGCCCGAUGAUGCUCAGCACCUGAGGGUCGUGACCCUGGAGGAGCGGCCCUUCGUUAUUGUGGAGCUCGCAGACCCUUCCUCUGGAACCUGCAUUAGGGACUCUGUGCCAUGCAGACGGCCUCUUAAUGCCAGUGCACUUCAGGAAGGGGUGGCACCGAUGAAACAGUGCUGCAAAGGAUUCUGCAUCGACAUCCUUAAGCGAUUGGCCAGAAUUGUCGGCUUCACCUAUGACCUCUACUUGGUGACCAAUGGGAAACAUGGAAAAAAGAUUGAUGGAGUUUGGAACGGGAUGGUGGGAGAGGUUGUGUACAAGCGGGCAGACAUGGCGAUCGGCUCUCUCACUAUCAAUGAGGAGAGGUCAGAGGUCGUGGACUUCUCUGUGCCCUUUGUGGAGACGGGCAUCAGUGUCAUGGUCUCACGCAGUAAUGGAACCGUGUCUCCCUCUGCAUUUCUUGAGCCGUACAGCCCUGCUGUGUGGGUGAUGAUGUUUGUAAUGUGCCUGACUGUGGUGGCAGUGACGGUUUUCAUCUUUGAGUUCUUCAGUCCAGUGGGGUACAACCGUAGCCUUCAGAGUGGCAAGAAGCCCGGAGGUUCUAAGUUCACAAUAGGGAAGUCAAUCUGGCUUCUUUGGGCUCUGGUCUUUAAUAACUCCGUUCCAGUGGAGAACCCCAAAGGAACCACUAGCAAGAUCAUGGUUCUUGUUUGGGCUUUCUUUGCUGUCAUCUUUCUGGCUAGCUACACUGCCAACCUGGCUGCCUUCAUGAUCCAAGAGGAAUACAUUGACACUGUGUCUGGCCUCAGCGAUAAAAAGUUUCAGCACCCCACAGAGCAGUACCCCCCUCUGAAAUUUGGAACGGUCCCUAACGGAAGCACAGAGAAAAACAUCCGCAGUAACUAUCCAGACAUGCACCAGUACAUGAUCAAAUACAACCAGAAAAGUGUGGAGGAUGCCAUCUCCCACCUCAAGACUGGUAAGCUGGAUGCCUUGAUCUAUGAUGCGGCUGUAUUAAACUACAUGGCUCGUAAAGAUGAAGGCUGUAAAGUAAUGACCAUCGGCUCAGGGAAAGUGUUCGCCACGACUGGUUAUGGCAUCGCCCUGAUCAAGAACUCCCGCUGGAAACGGCCAUUGGACUUGGCCUUACUGCAGCUGGUGGGCGACGAUGAGAUUGAGAUGCUAGAGCGUCUCUGGCUCUCAGGGAUCUGUCAUAAUGAUAAAAUUGAGGUGAUGAGCUCCAAACUAGACAUAGACAACAUGGCUGGUGUGUUCUACAUGCUGCUGGUGGCCAUGGGCCUAAGUCUGCUGGUCUUCGCCUGGGAACACCUGGUUUACUGGAGGCUGCGGCACUGCAUGAGCAAAAUGGGCCAGUCCGGAAAACUGGACUUCCUACUCGCGUUCAGCAGGGGAAUGUAUAGCUGCUGCAGUUUUGAAGAUGAAACUACACAAGGUGGGGCUAAAGUCAUAGUUCCUGGCCACCAUCACACUGCCAUGGUUCCUGCUUCUUCCUCACAUGUGGUCACUUCAGCUGUAUCCACUUCAGCCAUUGCCAUGGUGCAGCAACAGCCUCAACAGCCUCAACCUACUCAGUCUUACAAAACACCUCUUCCUGGAUCCCCUCCCACAAUUGUUCAUUCUGGAGCGGCCUUGGGUCCCACAAAUACUCAACUUGUAGGAGCUCCACUACCAUGCACUACUUUCUUACCAAGGCCAGAUCGCAGGUUGGCAGUUGUGGACCGCUGGAGACUACCCAAAACUGCUAAUGCCACAACCUCCAUGGGUGUGAGAGGAGCCCAAACAGAAACAGGACCCCUACCCCAAAAGGUGGCACCUACCUGGGCAAGUGGUGGAGGUACAGGUAGUGGUCUAGAUGGAUAUAAGCGUUACUAUGGACCUAUUGAUCCAGAGGGACUUGGGCCAUGUGUGGACCAACAGACAGGCUCUCAAACUCCAAAAACAGUCCCCAGAGCCCACCAACAACCCCCACCAACCAGUGUGGCUUUCUACCAGGAGAAGGGCAUGGACCAUGGCAUGGGGAAGAAGGUGGGAGUGGGUACUGGUGGAGGGGGUCAGGGUAGAGGGGUUAAAUCUCUGGGGACUCCCAGGCUUCCUCCUAAAAGCCAGGCCCCAGCCUCACUGACACCUAACCCCCCACUGCAGCACCCCUCUCCCCCUCUCCCUUCAUCCUUCUGGAGGAAACGGCGACCAAAAAAGCCCAAAGAACCUGGUGGCCCUUUGUACGAGAACAUCCUGCCACUAGUCCGGAGAGGUGGAGGCAGGGAAGCGAGUCGAAGACCGAGACCCUCUCCUCCUCUCCCCAUCCCUGUGCCAGUCACACUUUCCCCAAGCUACACUCCUCCAUCCCCCUCUCCCUCAAUCCCCUACACCUCCACAUCAUCCUCAUCAUCCACCACCAGCUCCUCAACCACAUCUUCAGCCACAUCUUCACGCUCCACCUCUCCUUCAUCCACUUCCACAGCUUCAUCUCGCAGCACUCGAGACAGAGAGGCAGAGGAAGAGGAUGAGGAGGAUUUGGAUGAGCUGACUGAAGAGUCUAGUCUUUUGCAGGGCCACAACAGAACCAGGGACCGAGAGCGGUCCGUACUUUCCCCUAGAUCUCUCACUCAUGGACCUCCCCCUCCUAUACCCCCGCGCAAACCGUGGGGCACCUUUGGAGACAGGGAGCACAAGAAGGACAGAGAGAGAGAAAGGGGUGGCAGUCAACUAGCACAGCUCCAGGAAUGGUGGGCAGGAUGGGCAGAGAAAGAGAGGGACAGGGAGAGAAGUGGUGGAGCCCAGGGAGAUACAGAAAGGAAAAGAGAGAAGAAACAUAGGAAAGAGAGGGAAAAGGAGAAAAAGAAAAAGAAGAAGAAAAACAAAAAACGAAAAAAGAGGGAGGAGCGUGAAAGAGAAAGAGAAAGAGAGAGGAAGCGUCACAAGGUGAAAAAGAAGAAAAAGAAGGCAAUGAAAACUAAAAAGAAGAAGAAGUUGUCAUCUGGCAAACGGUCUGAGCCAGAGGAGGGUGAUGUUGAGGCAGAGAGAGAUGGAGAGGGGGAUGGGGAUAGAGAAGGAGAGUACUCAUCAUUUUCCACUCAAUAUCGCAGUGCAUUUGCGGACAAAGUCAGCCUUUCCGCUUGGGAGGGAGAUAGAGAAAGAGGGAGGAGAGAUGGAGGUGAGGAUGAUAAGGAUGAACGAGAGGAUGAGAGUGGGGGAGGCAGAGGUAGACAGAGAAGACCCAAAAGCUCCCAUUCACGACACCGGCCAUCCAGUAAACGCUAUCCCAACCUCAACAAACUCCCCUCUUCAGUUAAAUUCUGGGUCAGUGGAGGUGAAGCAGUUGGCACAGAGGCCUCCGGACCCUCCCCUCCCUCCUCUUUACAUACACUCCUCUCCUCAUCCAAGAGACGGAGGAGUAGUGGGGUAGAGAGAGAGGUAAAAGGGAGAGUAGGAGAACGCAGGCCACUGCUUCUCCACUAUGAAAGGGGGCGAGUUAACACAAGAGAAGGCCUGUCCUUCCAUGAGUGGGAUUCUGAGGAUGAGGAGGAAGAAGAGGAGAGAGAGAGAGAACGAGAAAGGGAGAGAAUAGAGGAGAGAGUGCGUCAGGCAGGGAGAGGGGCAGUAUCAGAGUCUGAGCGGGAUAGAAUAAGAGCAGAGGAAAGCUUUUCUGAUGAGGGGUCCUCAGGAGAGUUUGGCCGAUUUGAGAGAUACUGGGAAGGAACUGGAAUGGGUGGAGCUAGUGGAAUUGGGGGUGGGGGCUGGUUUUUUGGAACAUACCCUGCUCGAGAGAAAGGUGGAAGUGUCAACAGUAGAGAUGACUCUAUUUUGGGUCGGGCUGAAGGAUGGGGUAUGGCAGGUGAUUUUUGGGGUCCGGGUCCAGGAAUUGGAUUGGGAUCUGGAGGAGGCAGUGGAGGGCUGGGUUCACAGUGGCCACCCCCUCCCACUUCCCUGCCACCACCGCGACGCUAUUGGUCUGUCGACAAACUACAGAUGAAGGGUGAGAAGCGAAGUCGCAGUGGGUCAAAGAGCAAAGGUCAGAGGUCUCGGGAUAGAAUGCAAGACGAAGAAUCAUGUACUUAUAAACAGUAUGGGCACGGUAGGCCCCACGUACACCACAAACACAGCAGCACUCAAUCUCACAGCCAGGAUGAUCUGCUUCCCCACUGCCACAGCUUCAGUGGAAGCUCUCGGCCCAAACCACCCCCUAACCCUGACAAAUCCAAAUCUGGAAGUCAGUCCAACCUAAGCUCCCAGCAAGCCCAGCUCUCAGAACACAUACCCCAGCCAUCACCCUCCCCACCUCAGCCACUCCUGCCCUCAUUACCUGUACCUUCUGCUCCCAACUCCCUACCCAUUCCUCCACCUCCAUCCUCUGCAUCCAUGUCCCCUCCACCUGUGCUCUCUCCUGGGGCUGCUUCCGGCUCCUCCCAGGCAGCCACAGCCAGUGCUAAACUUCAGUACCAGAGACUUCGGUCUGUGCCCCAGCCAAGGCGAUUCUACUCCCCACACCUGCCACUCAAAGCCAAGAGCUUGUGUUCACGCCGUGGUUCUGCCCAUUUCUCCAGCCUAGAGAGUGAGGUAUGACACGGGGCUUCGUUGCUGCGUGUGUUUGUAAGCUCUACUGUGCAGCGCAGCUGGAGUGUGAUGCACAUACAUGCGCCGCACCAAGAUGAGAAAAACGUCCACGACAGUGACCAGAGCAGCAAAGAAACAACAGUCAAAGCAGGGUCAACAAAUUCCGCCAUGGUCACAAUGGAUACUCCAGCUGUGCUCCAUCUUCGGUCUGAGCUGAGUAUUAUGAUGUCCUCUGUGGUCCUCUCCUCCAAUGAGAACAGUGGAUAGCAAAUGUCUGGGAUUUUUCUGUAAGUAAUGAUGUCAUGUUUACACAUAAACACUCCCUCAAACAAGGAAAAGACAUUUUUGCAUCGUCCACAUACAACAUGUGACGACAGACAUCAAAUACUGCUGUGGCUCAAACUGGCUAUUCAGUUUAUUUACAGAUGACUCAGAAUUAAUCUAUAUUCAAUCUGAAUGCAGUCUUGGAGAGGCUCAGAUGAUCAGCAUCAUCCCACUGACUGAAAAAGUGUCUCCAUGGCAACCUGAUGCACAUAGAUACAGAAAUGCCCUUUUUUCUUUUCUUUUCUUUCUUUUUUCUUGACACUUGCAACAUUGAUGUUAUGCCAUCAGUACCCUUUGGCUUCCAAUUCAAGGUCAUGCUGGAAAUUUAUUAAUUGAAAUUUGACCUCAGAGUAAACAAGAGUAAACUAUGUCACUCUUUCUUUAUUUCUGAUUUCAAGCUUAUCAGAACUUACAUGGAGCCAUUUCACUCAUCAGAACUUUUGUUGUCCUAUCAAAAAUCCAAUGCCAUGGUGUCACUUUGACAUCAAAUAGAGAUGACAUUUUGUUCUAAAGAGACAUACUUCAAAAGAAAAACAAUAAGAACACAAACAAAACAAAAAUGUAGCAAUUUUCCUGUAUAAUGUUUUCCCUUCAGGUUUCCUUUUGUUCUAUGCUAUUUAUUGCUCUCACUGUGGUUGUAUUUUAACAAAAGGGUAAACCAGCUGUGUCUGAUGUUAAAUAGUGGGAUUUUUAUUCAGUUGUUUUGAUAGCAGAAUUUUCAAAUUGUCACAAAUAGAUCCACGGCACUGCCCAAUAAGAUGGUCCUUUCUUUGCAUACAAGCAAUACUUGUCUUUCAUCAAACGAUGAUGGGUUGCAAUAUUUAUGAUUGGCACUAGAUGGCUACAUAAUAUUAAAAACUGUAUGUUAACGAUUAUAAAUGGUGGACCAUGAGUGGAUCCUGCUUGUUGUUUUGUUCCUUAAUCAUCAUGCUUUAGAACUGGAACAGACCGCUUAUAGUGUUUCUGGGAUGGUAAAGGCAUUGUUUAGAAGAGUUAAGGCUAUCAUUGUCACUGAUUGUGCAUUUUCAAGUCAAGUCUACUUCCAGUGCAGAGUUGCAUGUAAUAAAGCACAAGUUGCUGACUCUUGUCAGUGCAAACGUUAACAUAUGAUAAUGAGGAGUCAAGGACAAAUACAAUACUGAUAGAUUUUUAGCCAAAAGCAUCCUACACCAUUUAUUUUGGCAAAAGAUUUGAUAUCAGUCAUACAGAGAUUCAGUUUCUGAAUACCUAUUUGACGUCAGGCACCGCUUAUUUGCCCAUGUUGUAGUUGAAUGUAGCUUUGAAAUGAUUUAGCAAAAAUUAGAUAUUCGGUAGAUUUUGUAGCGUUCUGGAUGCAGUUACACAUUACAGUUACACUUUUAUUAUUGGGGGCAUAGAGGAAUUGAACAUGUUGUCACAGAUCAACAGAUUCCAUUGCCCUUUAUUUGAUACACGGGUUCAUGUGGAAAUAAGUGAUGUUUGUCUCCCUUUCAUUUCUUGUUUAAACAAGACCACCUGGGGAAGGUUUGUCAUAAUUUGCAAUGAAAUUUAGGGCUUUUACACUUUUUAAAGACCCCCAUGUCAUCACAUGAGUCAAGAAAUAACAAGCUCAGGUAUUGAAUUGCGUGUUGUGUAAACCAAAUCACACACAGCCGCUUAAUCCCCUCGGUCAGCAUUUCUUCCAAUGCCAGGAAUACGAGUGCGUCAGCGAAAAGUCCACCGCACCCGGCAUGGAAGCGCAGCGGGGGGCAAAGAGAUGGAUGUAGAAUGAUUGAAUUAAUAUAGUGUGCCAUGAGUACACUUGAUCUGUCAUUGACCCUUACUGAGUCAGAAGGAGCUAACACAGUAUUCUGUGACUGCAUGUACAGAAUGGACUUAUAAUUCCCAUGUAGCUUUUUUUCUUGAGGACAAAAAGAAAUAUUAUCUCUAUAUACUGUUUUUGGGAAUGUAUCAUGUUAUACUGUGAAUUGACUUAGAUAUUUUAUUGCCCAUUGUAUUCAGUUUUCAUUGCCAUCAUAUCAUUCAUCUAUACAAAAUAUAUAUGUACAAAUAAAUAUAUACAUAUAUAUACAGACAGUUUUAUAUAUAUAUAUAUAUAUAUAUAUAUAUAUAUGUAUAUAUAUAUAUAUAAAAUGAGUUAAGUUUGAUAUACUUGGAAGAAUUGGUAGAUAUAGUUUUAAAUGUUUUAGCUUUGUAGCAAUUCUAGACACUGGAGACAUUUUUGAAUUUUGAUUCCACCUAUAUGACUGUGAAAACAUUAGUGCCUGUGAAGAAAAAACAAGAAAACAUUCUAAUAUCCUUUCAUCCAUCCAUCCUUCUGUCCAUCUUUUCAUAUUCUCAUUAUAGCGAAUCUUCACAAUUACUCUAAUACUACCUAAACAACUUUCAGAUCAUUUGUGUUUUAUACCUUUUGCCCAUGUUAUGUUGUGUCCUUAUCACUGUCUGUCAUUUUGACAUUCUGCCAUUCCAGCUUUCCAUCUAGCCAGUUAGUAUUCCAUCAUUCUGACCAUCCAUCAGUCCAUCAGUCUAAGGACUAACUGCUGAUUUCUUCCUAUUGUGUAGUUUUCUCAUUAUCUUUUUUUGACAUUUUUACUGAUUAGGCAACUUAAACAAUGUACCUCUGGCAUUUUUGUUUUUUAGAUAUUUUUUAAACUCUCUGUUUAUCCCUCUGUAUGUUCUCUCAGUUAGCAAAGAAAAAAACAACCAAAAAAAAAACAAAAAAACAGAGACCAGUAGCUACUGUGUUCCUGCUCCUAUCAAUUGAUUAUUGAAGAUAAUGAUCGAUUAAAGUUAUGAUGUUAUUGAUAAACGACUGAAAAUGUGACUGAAGAGUUGUACCUGAUGACCAUGACACUGUAGUGAGAGUCUGGGCAGUACUGUACACAACUCACUGUUAAUGUGCUGACUAGAUGCAUGAUGGGUAAUGUGUGUAACUAUAAAAUUAUGUUGGUGUACUGACUAAUGUUGGUUAGGAGGUUCAUAACAUAGGCAAUAGAUAUGUCAUCCCAUUGCCAAACAAACAAUCACCAAAGGCUUCAUCCUCUCCCCUCGUCUGUUUAGACUGGUGACCUGAUUGUGAAAUAGACAAAGUACAGGGUUGGAUAUUGUUGUAGAAUUGUCAGUGGUGGUCAAUAUUUGGCUGGGAAAUUAAAGUCACAUAUUGUGUUAAGGGCUGGUCAGCUGCUAUUUUAAAUUCAGUGUGACAGCUUGUUUGUAUCAGUACAUUAGAGAGAAGCCUAGUUUUCUUUUCAUCACUGAUGCAACUACACUGAUGCAUUACGUGUGUGCAUAUCAUUUGCUAUCAGUAAUUCUAGGUUUUACCGUUUAUUUUAAUGGAAUCUGUGCCCAAAAUUCAGGAAUGGCAUCAUUUAAAAAAAAAAAAAAUGAUGCACAUCUGAUACAUAUUGUAUGGUAAUUCACACUGCUGUUCAAGUUUGGAGUCAGUGAUUUUUUUUUAUUUUUUUUUAUUUUUUUAAGAAUUCAUACUUUUAUUCAUUAUUGAUCAAAAGUGACUGUAAAGUUAUUUACUGUAUAUUGCUACACAAUUCUAUUUCAGAUAAAUGCUCCUCUUUUGAACUUUCAUCUGAGACUUUUAGAUAAUAUUAAGCUACACAACUGUUAUCAGUAUUACUCAAAUAUUAUUUCCUAAGUAUCAAAUAUUAGAAUGAUUUCUGAUGUGACACUGAAGACUGGAGUAAUGACUUCUGGAAAUUCAGCUUUGCAAUCACAGUAGUAAAUUAUAUUUUACAAUAGAAAACAGUUAUUUUAAACUGUUAUAAUAUUUUAAAAUAUUACUUUUUUACUGUAUUUUUGAUCAGAUGAAUGCAGCCCUGGUUGAUAGUGGGAUGUUAAAAAACAAACUAUUAAAAAAUGUUACUGACCCUAAACUUUUGAACGGUAUUGUAUUAAAUGAUAAGCUUUUAGCUGCCAAUAGGUAUUUAGAACUCUGAUUUUCACCUUUAAAAUCAGUU